UGUACAGUUGACAUUCGCCCGAAGUAACUGAGAGAAGCUUUUUCGCUUGGGCUGCGUUCGCGAUUUCGACUACAUCGAGUCCGAUUGAGACUGUUAGUCAAAGAUUUAACGAUGCUGAUCGAAGGUUAUUAGAUGAAACAGAUGUGUUCGAUUGGUUGAGCGUUGAUAGUAAACUGGGGAAAAAAACCGGCGACAAUGUCCGACCACGAGCUGACUGAAGAAGACCACGAAAUCAACAUUCUGGACACCGAUUCCCGAUUAUCGCACAGUGAUAGUGAUGUCCGCAGUUUGCGCAGCCAUUGCAGCAGUCCGGACAAUGAGACCUCCUCGCACACCUCCACGAAAAGCGCUCUACCAUUUAGUAUUUCGAACUUGUUAGGGAAAAAUUUCGAACACAAAACGGACACUGACACGGGCGGAACCCUCUACCAGAACCCGGCGGGCAUCUUCCAACCGCGCAGUGCUUUAGGUUUUGUUCCCUCGGGAUUUUAUGGGCAUGGUGUUUUACGGGUUCCGGCCCAUCGGCCGAUGGGAGGACCUGGCAGUCCUCCGGGCACCGCCGUUUUUAAUCCAUGGACACUCAGUUUGGAUCCGGUGCUUCAACGAUCGGCCGCUGCUGCCGCUUUUGCCUCUCAAGUUGUUAAAGAUCGACUUGCAGAGGCGACAAACUGCAGAAGAACGCGAAGCUGAGCGACAGGCGGCCAAUCGGCUGAUGAUGUCGCUGCAGGCAGAAGCCCUAAGCAAAGGCUACAUGAGCGAAGGCCCGCCGGCAGCUUCAGCAGCCAAUGAUACAGCGCUGAGCGCUCUCCAGAACCUGCAGCCUUGGGCAGGCCCCUACAGUGCCCCUCAGCCGGCUUUAGCCGAAUCCAUGUGUUGAAACGCUGAUAAAUUGUGUAAAUAUUGAACAUUUAGGACUUGAUCAACCGCCAAAGGUAAAGCGGUGGACUCGCUAACCCUCUCUUUAUCUCUGGACGUUAUUGAGCUAGAAGACUUAGAAUAAUGUCCAUAGAUCUCCGUGUCAGGCGCAGUUGAUCUGGUUUAGCUACUCAUUCAAAUUUUGUUUGCUCUUUUUCUGCUGACAUUGUUUUUGUCGGUUUGGCCUGCAGACUUGGACAGACCAUGAACAGUAUUGUGCAAUAUGUGUUACAACUGCAGCCUAUAAACCAGUUGCUUGAGCUGGGUGUUUUCCUGCAAGUGUCGGUCUAUUAAUUAGUGGAAUUAAACGCAAAAAACGCCCAGCUCAAUAUAAUCAGUGUAAAUACAAGUUUAAGUGAGAAAGAUGUUGAUUUUUGUGACGGAAUCGUACUUAAAAAAGCAAUUUGCCGCCUGCAAUUGCAGAAAAGUAGUGUGAUUUGAAUUGUAGAUAUAAGUGAUUACUGUAAGCACAAGAACUGUCGUAUUGGAAAAUAAAAAUAUGACA